AUGUCUCCUUCCUUCCUUCCAUUAACAGCAAGUGUCACAGCGAGUGUCGGUCUAUCUCAAGAGCAGGAACCAUACGACACAAGAUCUUAUCGGAAUCGGAACGCAUCAUAUGUGAGCCUUCCCUCCCCAACUCCUGCAACCUCAGUGCCUUUGAGUCCAAAGAGCCCAAGCAGCUGUUAUAGUGCAAGACCUACACCAGCUUAUUACGACAUACUGCAAGGCUUGGAAAGACUCAAGAUCACAGACGAAGAAGGCGCUAACGUAGCCCAGAGUAUCACAAUGCCUCAAUACCUUGGGAACGGUCUUUAUCAAGACAUGCCAAUGGUGUCUCGAAAUUUUGAAGGCAGAGAUGUUACAGAUACAUGGGAAUUCGUCGACCCCUCGAAGCUACCUUACAGAAAUCUCAAACGCAAGAGGAGAUCACAAUCAGUGCAAGACGAAAGGCAGCAUUCGGAAGACAGUCUCAAACAGUUCAGAGUAGUGAAACGACUUCGUUCGGGCAGCGAAGGAAGUUGCGCCGUCGUCAAACAUAAGUCGACUUGUGAAGUCUUCUGUAUGAAGAUUGUUCGGAAACCCGACGUCAAAGGUAAGAUCCCAUGGGAGAGCUACAUCAUGGAUGUCCUCGAUCUGGCAAAGAAGCCCCACCGGAACAUCAUCGACAUUCAAUGGUCCGUCUAUAACGAAACCUGCAGAAUACCCGUCGCCGAGUAUUACAGUGAAUACUUUCCUGUUGGUGACCUAUUCGACUUCUCUCUCCGCUUCUUUGACCGUCAAAGGAAGAUUCCAGAGUUAUUCAUUUGGAAAGUCUACCGCCAGCUCUUGUGCGCCCUAGAAUACCUUCAUUAUGGCUUCAAUAGAAGAGCCAACUUUGGCAAAGACAAGCGCUCAUCUUGGUCUUCUCUCGAUCUCACCCGACCAGGCGUUGUCCACCGCGACAUAAAGCCAGAGAACAUCCUUGUCCGCCUGCCUCAAGGCCGCGGAAAUGACACGCUUCCCGACGUCGUACUCACAGACUUCGGUCAUGCCACCCUUCAGCAAUUCACAUACGACGCCUGCGGCACUCCCGCAUGCUCAGCACCUGAAAUGCCGCGCUCGAGCCCCAAAACAGACGUGUGGUCAGUGGGCGCCGUCAUACACUUCCUCAUCUACGGACAUGCCCCUAUUGCGAGCUUGCCUCGCGAGUUCACGCCGACGAAAGAGAACGAAGUGGCGUGGGAGAAGAAGCCGGAGGCCAGGUACGUGAGAACGGACGUGCCGGAGAUGUAUAGCGAGGAACUUGUCAAUGCCAUGUUGAUGGCAUUGAACUAUUCUGCAUCGAGAAGACCUCAUGCGUCGCAGGUCGUCAAGUUUGCAGGGGAAGAGUUCAGAGAGGCAAAACGCAAUGGACGGAUGAAGAUGGCUCCGCUACCUGAGUGGGCUUUUAGUAAGGAUAGAAGGCGUGCAGAUUGA